GCCCGACAAAAUAUUUCAUAAUAAUCUGAGAACGAUAAAGUUUGUUACGUACUAGAAUUUUCAUUUCAUUAGAGACAGCAAAGAAGAUCAGAGAAAAUGGAGUUGACGGCGAUGGCGUCGUUGGAAUAUGACCUUGCAAUUUUUGAUUCAAUUAAUCAUCUCCUCCACCAGCAAGACUUACCGGAGUUUAUGUUUUCCGAUACCGGCUUCGAAGGCACCGGAAAUGAGGCGUCGUCGUCAUUGGGAGACUCCGGCGAAACUGAAGCAACAACGGAGGUGGGGACGGUGGCGCCGCCAGAGUGGAAGAGAUACCGAGGGGUGAGGCGACGGCAAUGGGGGAAGUUCGCGGCAGAGAUAAGGGAUCCGGCGAGGGGCGGCGCGAGGCGGUGGCUAGGGACGUAUGAAACGCCGGAGGAGGCUGGUCUGGCUUAUGAUCGAGCCGCGUUCGAGCUGCGGGGCACCAAAGCUUUGCUCAACUUUCCCGGGCUAGCCGCCGCCGGCAUUCCAGAGCCGGUUAGAGUGAAACGUCAAAAACCAAAGCGGCGUGCGCGUCCGCCGUCGCCGUCUUCAUUGGAACACGGCGGCGGCGGCGCCUCAAAGAAGAGGAAAGUGAAUGUAUUAAACAGCCUAGCCGCCGCGACCGCCAAGUUGGGUUCUCAGACCAUGCUAGAGAUGUUCCAGAAGGACAAUUCAUCAGUGUCCAUUAUUGACGCCCAAGUUGAUCUAGAAGAAUGUCUCUGUUUUUCAGAAAAUUAACUUUUUUGUUUGUUUGUUUGUUUGUUUGUUUUUUUUUUGUUUUUGAAAUUUGUUUUUAAUAAAGUUAUGUUGUUUAAAAAGAUAAUGAUAAGAGAAAUUAUAAGGUGGGUGUCUGAAUUAUU